AUGGGUGUGGAGCUUCCUGCCGACUUGGUGCGCGACUAUGACAUGCUGCAGCUCCUGGACGAGGACGACGAUGUCCCUUGCAGUCCCUCAGCCAAGCCAGUAUCCCCACUCUCGUAUCUAGAGCUUGAAAUACCUGCAGACUGCCCCAUGAGCGACGACACUAGCUCCUCCACGUCUUCACCCGCUCAGUCUCCGAAAUUAGGAGAAUUUCUACUUGAAGACGAGCUGUUUCUAAAGGACAUGGAGCAACAUGAUGAUGCAAUCAACCUGCCGGACCUGGACAUGAUGCUGCCUUUAAGUCCACGCGCAACCUCGUGGCUCGACGCACUGCCGGACCCUCCGUCCCCGUCAUGUAAUACGGACGAGGAGCUGGAGAGCCCGUUGGCUGUACAGCAGUUGACUCCAAUACCAGUAUCUCCACUGAGUCUGAUACACGGUGAUUCGUCAUCAUCGGACGAGUCUGAUAAUACUGAAUCUCCUGAAGAUGGAGAAACUGAAUUAUUAAGGAGAGAAGUGAAAUAUUUGACGGCGCAGAAGGACUUUUUGGAAUUUAAAGAGAAGAAAGACAAACCACGACGCAAAGGUGUCAAGGACAGAAGAAAAGAACGGGAUAUUGCGAGCGAAUUGAAGAUGCUUCUCAAGAGCCAGGAGAACAAUCAACUGCUGAACGGACUCACCAUGCAGCAGAAAAUGUAUGCGGACAACUUCAAGGCUUUGUUGACUUUCGCACCAGUGAACGAUGUGCGGAUGUCAUUGAUGACGCCGUUGGAGUCGUAUAUUCGGCUUGGAAAAAACCCAAAUGAACGGAAGAAGACUAUCCUUUCGUUGCGGAAGGAGAAACUGGACAUGACGUACAAGUUCAUUGAGCACAAGACACAGGACAUGGACUGCACCCAGCCUCACGAGUUUUCGGAUGUGUUUGACAAAUUCGGCAAACACUACUCCGUGAAUUUCACUAUAUCCAGAUACGACGGAGUGAGCAUUUACCAUGUAGCGCGCGGUAUCUACAACCAGCUCACUGAAAAAGACGAAUUGUUAAAUGAUGCGAUAGGGAUUACUGCGUCGCGAGAGUCCAUUGGUACGCUCAAGUGCAACUUUAUGCACCAGCGCAUUAUCGCGAGACCGAACUCAGACAAGUCAGUCAAGACACCCGACUUGGAGUCGAAUGGCGUUUUUUACUGCCGGUUCGGAGAUAACUUGGCAGUGCUAGCGACUGACUAUGUUGACCGAGACGAAUUACAUCCAUACGAUGAGUUGAAUCGCAUUCGAAAGGAUACGUCAAGCGGCGUGGUGCUCACUGCCCACGAAGAUGCAGACGGCAAGAGAUAUGUGGUGAUGAAGCGAUAUACGAUGACUAAGCUCCACAUGUACCCGCACAAGGUCUCUCAGAAGCAGCAAGAUCGUUUUGUCCGCAACAUGGUCCAUUCCCACGACAAUAUGAAGAGACUUGUUGUAGACCGCGUACUGCAACGUAGUGAUACUGGGUGCUCGUGUACGGGCAAUACGACGAGUUGUUGCUGCGCUAGUGAUGAGGCCAGCAUUCCUUGUGGAGGCCACCGUACCGCACAAGUGUCUAUAUAAUUUAAUCAUGAAUUCAUAUUCUAAAACUGCAGCGCCACACAUGAAUAAUUUAAAACACCCUUUGUCUAGCUUACAAGACAUUUUGCUCCGAACGUUGGCGCAAGGCGCAUUACGAGCGAUAAUCUUUUUCAAUGGAAUGGAAA